GUAAAAGUUAGUUUCCUAAACAUUCUGCACAAAUCUUCGCUUAGAACCCUAGAAGAUGUCAUCCUGGACAUAAUAUGGUAUUCAUAUCAUGGUCUCAGAGAUGGGUAGCAAUGUUUGGUUUUCUGGUAAACAGAAACUAACUGACUCUGCCCCUCUUGUUGACAACGUCCCUGAGUACUGAGGCUUCACUAUAGGAACAAGCUCUCUACCCAGAAUAAACUGUUUAUUCUUCUUCUUCUGAGAACCAAGGAUCAGACUUCAGUGCUGUUCCGCACCCUGCUGAUUCUCAGACCAUGGAUACUGAGCGUCAGAAACGAAGAGAUGAAAUUCAAAGAGCAAUGAGUUUCAUCCAGUCUUCAUUGCCCUUCCCAGAGCCUGAGACUUAUGAGGCGUUUCUGACUCAGUUGGUGGUCAACUUGCUGGAUGAAGGCAACGCCUGUUUUAGAGAUGGUGAUUGUCGCCAGGCCGUACACCAGUAUGGUGAAGGGAUCAGUGUUGCCCGCUAUGCUCAGGCAGAAGCUCUUGUGAUCCCUCAUGAACUCCUGGAGAGUCUGUACGUCAACAGGGCUGCUGCUUUUUAUCAGAUGCGGGAGUUUGAUCGGGGCAUCCAGGAUUGUGACAGCGCUCUAUGUGUGUCAGAAGGCAGUCGGCGGGCUUUGUACCGAAAAGCGCUUUGUCUAAGGGAGCUGGGUCGACUCAGAGAAGCGUACGAGUGUGGAACCAAGUGUCUGCUCACUGCUCCACAGGACCCACAAGUGAGUGAACUGGCCCAGGAUCUGGCCAAUAAACUUGGCCUUAAAGUCAGAAAAGCCUAUGUGAGCUCUCAGUCAGACUCAACAGUAGCAGAAGGAGAGGGUGUUGGUGAGACAUCCUCCCCCACUGCAGAGUUGUCUUCAAACGGGCUGGAAUCUCUGAGUGAUAUUGGACCAGCAGACCUUUCCAAUGCACAGUGUAUUCCUGCUCCUUUGGCAACACCAAUCCCUGUCAGUGAUGACCCAGCAUCGUCUGUGGUCACCCCCUGCACUGACCUCUCUGAGAGUCCCAGCAGUCAGUCUUUGCCGCCUAUGCCGUACUCUGUGCCCGUGUCCGAACACAUGGAUGAAUGCAGCAGUGUCAUGAAGGAUGGAUUAGACAGUCUGUUGGAGUGCAUGCCGAAGAAAAUCAGCGAGAAUCCAGUUCAAGGUGCCAUUCCUACAAACCUUCCAAACACUGCGGUGGGGCUCAGACCUCCAUACUCCCCUAACCUUCCAGCGCCGUCUCCCCAACUACGUCCAGCCUUUUUCAACUCUUCACUCAGUGAUCUUUCCUCGCUGGAGCCUUACUCACCGCUAAACCCACCAGAUAAGUGCUCAACCCAGGCGCAGGACGCACUGGGAGGCUUCUCUGCUGGGGCACUGGAUGGAGAAGGAAAGACUGGGACUCUCAUGGGUGGACUGGACUCACUGUCUGAAUAUAUUCUUCCUGGUGGACGGGUGUGCCCCAGCUUCAUCCCGGGAAUGCGCAAUCAUAGCAGUGCACAUGCUAAUGGACCAGCUGGGACCAACCUUUCUCUGCUCUCCAGGAAUCCUCUGGCUGCCUCUCAUGAAUUUCGUCAGGCUUGUCACGCCUGUUAUAGUCGGACAGGUCCUCAAGUGAUGGACUACAAGUAUCAGCCUGAGGCAGCCCAUCGAUGUAAAAGAGAUGUGCUGCUGUGUCGCCUCAAAAAAACAGAUGAUCCCACAUGGAAGAGAAUUCGCCCGAGGCCUGCGCGGAAUAACUUUUUAGGGGCGUUUGUUCUCUGCAAAGAGGUACAAGAGCGCCAGGAGUGCCAGUAUGGAGAGAACUGCACAUUUGCAUACUGCCAGGAGGAGAUUGACGUGUGGACCCAGGAGAGGAAAGGGGCUCUGAGCCGAGAGUUGCUCUUCGAUCCGCUUGGCAGCACAGAAAGACGAGCGCUCAGUGUCACCAGGCUGCUGCAGCUUCACAUGGGCAUGUUCAUGUUCCUCUGUGAGGAAUGUUUUGACAGUAAGCCACGCAUCAUCAGCAAGCGCAGCAAAGAAAACUUAGCAGUGUGUUCGAACCUCACCGCGCGACAUCAAUUUGAUGAUAAUAAGUGCCUUGUGCAUGUGGUGAGAUCAGCCAACGUGCGCUACAGUAAAGUGCGUCCCCUACAUCCACUGUGCCAGUUUGACGUUUGCCGUCACGAAGUUCGCUAUGGGUGUCAGCGUGAGGACAGCUGCUCCUUUGCUCACUCUGUCAUAGAGUUGAAAUGCUGGGUGCUACAGCAGGAUACUGGUAUCACCCAUGAAGAGAUGGUGCAGGAAUCAAAGCGGCACUGGCAAAGGCUGGAGCAGAAUUCACAGAAGCAUCAGCGGCCCAUUCAUUUUCAACAUCCGAGCAGUGUGCCCGGUAUCGGAGGGAUGGGCGGUGGUCGCGGUGAUGCUCUUGGUUCCAUCAACUCAGGGGGAGGCUUUGGCAUGGGCACUUUAGCAAGUGGGAUGGCUCGGGGCCGUCCUCUCAACCUGAAAAUGAAGUUUGUGUGCGGCCAGUGUUGGAGAGAAGGACAGGUCAACGAGCCAGACAAGAACCUCAAGUACUGCACUGCUAAAGCCCGGCAUAGCUGGACAAAGGAACGCAGGGUGCUGCUGGUGAAGUCGUUUGAGAAAAAGAAGUGGGUUGUUGUCCGUCCACUGCCCUUUUCCCGCACCUAUCCACAGCAAUAUGACAUGUGUGUCCAUGUGAUGAAGCAGAAGAAGUGCCACUACAUUGGGAAUUGCUCAUUUGCCCACAGUCCAGAGGAGAGAGACGUGUGGACGUACAUGAAGAACAACAACCUGAGAGAUAUGCAACAGAUGUACGAACUGUGGCUGCAGCUCACCAAUCAGAGCCGACGGUCAGAAAGCUCUGCUGUGACUCCACCCCCUGAGGACAAUCAAGUCACAAUCACGGCUGAUUACAAUGAGGGCAUGGGGAGCCGGCAGCUGUCUGAAGGUGAUGACCUGUGAGUGCCCAGUGCUGGCUUCAGACAAAAAGGACGGACAUUUGCCGCAGCGAUCAUUGGACAGUACCAUGAGCAUUCGGACCCCUUCCAGCAUCUUAGCCUGCAGCAUGAGAGUUAAGGUUCUCUCCAACGAAUGGUUGACUGCCCCACUUCACUGACACACACACACACACACACACACAAACAUUCAAGAGGCUUCAAACCUCCGAUCUGAUCUGCAGCGUUUGCAUCCCGCUGCAGUCACAAUCUUUUGAAAGCGACUCAGUUAUUGAUUUGAGGUCAGUCCAGGCAUCAUCUGUUCUUUCAAUAUUUGAUUGAGAAACUAAACAUUUUGUUUUCAAUGAAUCCUUUUAGACGUGGAACAGUUUAAGCAGCCUUUUUUUAAAAUGAGAGGGAAACGAUUACAUUUUACCUACAAGUUAAUGGAUAUUAAUUUACAUAUCCGUUUGAAGUCAAAGAAGCAGCUUAGUACCCAUAAAGAAGUGACUGCCGUAUUCUGGUUAGAGAAAAUACGUAGUUAUAGUUCCAUAAGAACUUGAGUUAGGUUUUUGCUAUUAAUUAAUUCUACUACUUUUCUGUUGAUGCCACUUUUUCAAUGAUAGUUUUCUCAUUUGAAUAUUGAAUGUACAGUUGGUGUACAGACUGCGCACGUGUGAUCACCAGGCGCCUUUUAGUUUCGCUUUUCUUUUAUAUUUAAAAACAUGGCAGCACCAAAGUUACUCACAAUGAGCGCGCUGGUCGCGGUUUUUGGGUUUGCGUGAGAUUUAAUGCAGGAGAGAGUAAUACUCUAGUGAGGAUUGUUGAUGGCAAUAAAGACAUCUGUAAUAACAUUUAAAAGAGUGGCUUUUUGGCACAAAAUCUUCAAUGCAACCAAAUCUUUAAAUUCCUUGAAAACAAAAAACUAAACUUUUGUGUUGAUUUAUUUUUUUUCCAGUGGGAGUGAGACCUCCUCCUUGUACUUCCUGCCAUAUUGGCAGAACACGAUGAAUGUAAAGCCUGCACAGGCCUUUUCAAUGAAAUCUGUAAUUGGUCAUUGCAUUCUGUUGGUGGUAGAAUCUGAGAUUCUGCUGCCCAAAUCUCAAUCGCUUUACCUGUUACUUCCCCUUGUUGCUGCUAGCUAGCGCCCCAUCUCUGGCGACAGCGGGCAUCCACUUGUAGAUCAAGUGCAGUCAGCUGUUCUUGCGGCGUAUCUGAGUGCCGCUGACCUAUUGCCAGGAAAAAAAGGAUUUUGAACUGAACGUGAGGGGUAUGACUCGUUUUGCCAAAGCAACCAUGGGGCUAUUUAUCAUCAUCAUCAUCAUCAUUCUGAGACUACUACACAAACGACCACUGUGCAUAAACAGACUACAGUUUCUAACAAAAGUCAAACCAUGUCGUACGAAAUGUGACCUCGUUGGGACAGGUGGGUCACUUUGAGCUAUUUCAUUAGUUUCUUUUGAGAGCCUCGCAUCACCGUUGGUGUUGGAGGGUGGCAAUGCCUCUAUGAUGCAGUUGGAAGCAAAGACAAGAUUCUCGUGAAGUCACUUUCACUUUAGACAUUUGGACCUGUAAUCCGUCACUUCAAUUGGGUUCAAAUAUUUCUAAAUGUGCUCUUGAUUUGCUUCUACCUGUCCACAUUGCUCACAGAAAGGAUCUCUUAUCUUUUUCAAUCAGGGUGACCACCAAGCUGAAGCCCUUUUAAUUGUGUGCCUACAAACACAAACAUUUUCAGAUGUAUAGUCCGGACUGAUGCGUUGCCAUUUAACUCCUCUGGCUGUCCACAGGCUGACGGAGGCAUGUUUAUAUUCAUUAUACUACACACAUAUUAUACAUAUUUACGGAUAUUUCUAUACUAAUAUUAAUUGAUAACUUAGCAUUUAAGCUUAAUAAAUAUGUAACCUGAAAUCCUGUAUGAUUACAUAGAAGAAGUCUUGUUAUUGCUAUAUGUAUCCAUGAACUAGAUAGUGAUUUUGUUCUAUUCUUUUUAUUCUAUAAUUUCUCCUUCUGUGUGUGAGCAGCUCCAGACCAAAUAUGAGUUGCUGCAGGUUGAUAUUCGGACAUAUGAACCUAAAGUAGGGGGGGAAACCUGAUGUUAAUGUAUCUCAGAUCGUCGCAGCUCUCAGCUCAGAUGGUUGGUCUGGAACUUCCCAUGCCUCUUUCUUCUUGGAGGGAUUGUAUUACUCCUAGUAUUAUGAUAAAUAUGAUGAUAAUGAUCUCUAUUUCUCUUCUAUAUGCUAUUGAUAUAUGUAUGUCAAUGUAUAACGCUCUUUAUAUCCAUGUAUGAAUAUGAUUAAUGGUCAAUAUGUGUCCGUGUGUGCUGCCCUCCCAGCUCUGUUUGAGAUGCAGCGUGCAGCUAAAUGUAGUUGGAUGGGGACAAAGCGCCCAUCCCACUGUUGAUGCUACUGCUCACCCAAUGUGCCCAAUGGUGAUGAACAUGUUCACCGACAGAUCUGUAGCAGAAGCAUACACGGACUCCUACUUAAUACUCCCUUAGAGCGGCGUAUUCUAUAUAUCGACAGUUUAAGAUGAUAUACCCAUAUUGUAUUACUACCCUGCUCACUAUAUACGCGAUUUAUCAUAUCUGAUACCUAUUAUAAUACUUAGGCGCCCUAUAAGGCUAUUUAGAUAAGAAACAAAGUUCGCAGAGCUUUCAAAUGUGAAUCUGUUUUAAGGAGAAAUCUGCCACUUCCACUACAUGACAAGACAGUGUGUGCGGGGCUGAAGGGUCAUUUUUGAUUUUAAAAUUAAGGAUGGUAAACCACUUCAGAUUGAAAGGUUUCAGUCAAGGUUCUUCCAGCGCAGGAGUAUCCCCAGUGUAAUGAUGGAGAAUGCUCUUUGUGCUUGUUGGUAACAGUACGUAUGAAGUCUGGGGUUAAGGGGCUGUCAGCGAGACACCACAGUCAGCAAUACAAUUCUGUUGUUGCUGUCUCGAAUGCACCUCCUGAAGAAUAACUUAAAGCUGAUACUGGUUUUACGCGUUUACUGACUUAAUUCCCAACAGCUUGUGACCCUUCAGCAAUGAACUUACCCAUCAGUGUCCUGCACUUUAAGUGCUUAUGGACUCCUUCACACGUCUAAAUGCUGCGCUCCAAGAUGAACCACCCUGCCUGAAACUGGUUUCAAACAGUAGGGUGUGGUGGUGCUUCUCUCAUGUUUGGGAAAAAAGCCAGCAAAACUUUCAUCCCCAGUAAAAGAGUGUGUUUAAGUAGUGAGAUGAAUUGGAAAAUUUGGCAUCAAAUUCUUCUUAUGAAAGUUGAAAUGUUCUGGUAAUGUAUCUCCAUCACACGCCUUUUAGCAUUUUUCAUUUCAAGCAUGGACAUGCACACACUAAUUGUGGUUUGGAAUCGACAGCUUGGCUGAAGAGACCUUGGUCUGUAAGCCGUCGAGGGAAUACACCUAUUUAAUUUGUACUGUUCUUUUUUUUUUUUUUAUAAAUAUAUAUAUAUUCUGUGCUUUUUAUGUUUCAUAUUUAUCAUGUUCUAAUUGUUUUCUCUUUUCUCAAUGGAUGGAAGCUGAUGAACUAAUUGGACCAAAACUCCCAAAAGCAUUUAAUAAAACAGCCUGUUUUAGAGAAAACAAUCAAUGGUGUUUUGU